CAACUCCCUUCUCGCCGGUGAAAUACUGGCUGAAAGCACCCAAAUUGCCUAUUUCCGAUUUAAAAUAAAGAACACAGAAUUCGCUUUUAUUUUUCUCAUUUGAGAUCCGGUUGGCGGCAUCUAGCUCAGCUCGUAGCUUCAGGUACGCUACUCAAGCAGAGACACCCAAAUUCGUUCUUUCUCAUUCUUUCCCUCGAAAUCGUUCUCAUUUACAUGGUCGCUUCUCUCCUUGUUGACUCUCAAGCGUUCGACACGAUGGCUCACUUGUUUUUUAUUCCUUUUUAAAGUUUUGGGAAUGACGGAUCUGUUUAACCGAGCUUUGAUUUUCAGCGGCCAUGACCCUCUGGAUUUCCCUAGUAUCUUUUUUCUUUUGGCCAACAUUUUCUAAGCAUUUCCUUGUAGUGGGCACAUUUUGGGCUAAAGUUCUGAUUUUUAACCUUCUUGCGACACCCAUUAUUUCUGCAGUGUCUAAAAGGUAACUGUAAAAUGAUGCAUCUUGGAUAGUACUUUUGUUAUGUUGCAAGCAAACAGAUACUGGUGAUUCCGUGAAAUUGCUCUUUGGCUCGACAAAAUACUCCUACUUUAUGUUUCUUGAUCUAGGGAAACAUGUAGACUUAUAUUUUUAUUGAGGAUUUCUGUUCCAUGGCUCAUUGCUUAUUGAUUUAUUCUGUGACUCUUGGUGCUGGAAGUGAUCAGAGUUCUAUAACUAGAGUUGAUACUGCUGCAUCACAAGGAUGGCAACCACUGCUUGCUUUAUCAUUGUCAGCAGGAAUGACAUCCCAAUAUAUGAAGCUGAAGUUGGAUCUGCCGCUAAAAGAGAAGAUGCUGCCCAGCUGCAUCAAUUCAUAUUACAUGCCGCUCUGGAUAUUGUUCAGGACCUUGCAUGGACUACCAGUGCCAUGUUCUUGAAAUCAAUUGACAGGUUUAACGAUUUAGUGGUGUCAGUUUAUGUAACUGCUGGUCAUAUCCUUUAUAUAUUUAACUGAUUUAUGUAUUUCACAAUUUAGUUAUUGUAUUGUUGAAUAAUAUGAGAAUUAUGAUGGUAGUAUUUUCUUGACUUUAUCAUACAUACACGAUUUAUGCUACUUCAUGAUUCUCGUAAUGAUGAUGGCAUCAAGAGCUUUUUUCAAGAAGUUCAUGAGCUUUACAUAAAGAUUCUUCUGAAUCCACUCUACUUGCCAGGUUCCCGCAUUACAUCCUCACAUUUUGAUACAAAAGUCCGUGCCCUUGCAAGAAAAUAUCUGUAGAGAGCCAUUCUCCUAUUAUAGCGGUUCUGAAUCUUUGAGAAACCCAGCUUAACCUUUCUGGACCUGGUGUGUUUGAUGGCAUGUAGAGAAUACAGAGGAUAUACAGAACCUAUCAUGGUUUCAGGUGCAUCAUAAUAUAAUCAUGGCAUGGCUUCACUGUGACAGCAUGUGGAAAAUGAUAGCCAACUGAAAUGACAGUUACUCUUUGAUCUGUUUUUGUUGUUUCUUUUAAAUUGGUUCUCCAAGGAUUUAUGCACUUCUGCAUUUUUCUGUACUAUAAUUUCAAUAUGGUAAUAAUGUUACCUAGCAUACCUCAUUCCUUUCAAGUGAAUUCUACAAUGAGCAUCAGUUUCAGUAGCAUUUUUUGUUAGAACCCGCUAUUACUACAAUUAUCCCUCUAUUUAUACAUGGCUUAUCUAAGGAUAUCAUCGAUGAAGUGUGAGGAGAGAAGGAAGAUAAUGUGGAAUACAUGUGUGCCAGUGGAGAGGGGUUAUUUCAUUUUAGACUUUUUUGCUUAAAAUUUCAUUUGGUUUAAAUUUUAAAAUUUGUCAAGUUUUGAAAGGAAAAAGUUGUUUUCCAACUCUUCUUCUCUUUUAUCUUUUGCCCAUGUCUAAGAUUCUUGAGUGGUGAAAUCAUUGUUAAAGGUUUUUGAUAUUGUAAAAUUCUUGCCUGAUUAAAUCACGAUUGUGGUU